AUGGAGGAGGAGGUCCAUGGCAUCGUCAUCGUCGGUGGCGGCAUCUGUGGCCUUGCCACUGCUCUCGCUCUGCACCGAAAAGGGAUAAGUAGCCUUGUGCUGGAGAAGUCGGAGACUCUGCGCACAGAUGGAGUGGCCAUUGGUGUUCAUGCCAAUGGAUGGCGAGCUCUGGACCAACUUGGUCUUGCUACAGAGCUCAGGGAGACCGCCAACAUAAUUACCGGGUACCACAAUGUGUGGCAGCAGCAGAGCAAGAGCACCAUCAUACCUGCCAGGCAUUGGCGAGGAGCUUACCAGCAGGAACCAUCCGCUUCAGCUGUCACAUUGCAGCAAUUGUGGCAGACCCUGAUCCUGAUGGCAGCAACCGCACCCUUCUUAGGAGUUAGGACAAUGGACGGCAGCACCAUCAAGGCCAAUGUCCUGAUUGGCUGUGAUGGGGCCAACUCGGUGGUAGCCAAGUACUUGGGAUUGGGCAGUCCGUCGCAUCUUCCUCUCCUGAUCAUGCUCGGAUUGACGAGCUACCCGCACGGGCAUCCGUUCGGAACCCAGUUUCUGCGCUUCGCGGGCAACGGUUUCGCCGUUGGGCGCUUGCCUGUCACUGAAAAUCUGGUCCAUUUCUUCGUCAGUAGGCCAAGCCCUGCCACAGGCUUCACCGACGAGAGUGCCGCGAGAGAGUACGUGCUCGAGAAGCUCCAGGACUGCCCUGACGAGAUCGCGGACAUGGUGCGGCGGUGCGACGCAGCGGAGACGAAAACCCUGACCAAAGUGUGGUACCGUUCGCCAUGGCAGGUGUUGCUCGGCCGGUUCCAGAGAGGCACGGUGACGGUCGCGGGCGACGCAAUGCACGUCAUGGGGCCGUACAUCGGCCAGGGCGGCUCGGCCUCGCUGGAGGACACCGUCGUGCUUGCCCGGACGCUGUCGCGGUCGGUGCCGGACGGUGUCGUCGUCGUCGAUGGAAACGGGAGCACGAGGAGCCGUGAACUGCAAGACAAGAAGAUCAGCGUGGCGUUGGGGGAAUACGUCAGGGAGAGGAGGGCAAGGUUGUUCAUGCUGUCUCUUGAGUCUUACGUCAUCGGAACCUUGCGGAUCGCCAAGUCACUCCUGAAGAAGCUUGCCUGCGUGGCCAUGCUGACUCUUCUGGGCAGCGAGUCACGUCGCCACGCCAACUACAACUGUGGUCCCCUCUAG